CGAGGGGCGCGAGGGGCUCUCGGGGCUCUCGGUGGCCGCCCCCCCGGCGUGCUCGCUCACGUGGGCGGCCCGCAGCGGCGGUUCCCCCGGCGGGGUGUCCUCCAGUCCUCCCGAUGUCGGCCCGUGGGGUUCGGCAGAGGAUGAGUCCUCCGUCUUCCUGUCAUCAGUAACCAUUCUUCCCACCUGCGCCCUCGCCGUCCGCUGUUCUCAUGUCUACCUUGCUCCUCAAUCUGGAUUUUGGUGAACCCCCCCCAAAAAAAGCAGUUGAGGGGAAUGCCAAGCACCGUAAGUUUGUCAGGAAGCGGCGACUCUUGGAACGGAGAGGCUUUUUGAAUAAGAAGAACCAGCCACCGGGCAAGGCGCCUAAGCUGAACUCCGAACCUGCAAAGAAAGGGGAGACUUCGAGCGUGGAUGGCGCUUGGAAGGUCUCUCCCCUUCCAAAAAAGAAGAGCGUUGCCUCCAGCAGUGGACCAGAGCAGUCCCUGGACAAGAAGGCUGCAGUGCCGUGGCUGACCCCAGCCCCUGUGCAGAAGGCCGGGUCCUCGGUGGGGAAGGUGGAUUUGCUGGGGGAGUUCCAGAGUGCCCUUCCAAAGAUUAGGAACCAUCCAGCUCGCCCCCACAAGAAGGGCCCCCAGAAGAACCUUACUCAGAAGAACGCCCCACAGAGCUCCUCCCAACCUCAUUCAGACGAUAAGUGUUCUGGAUCAUCUCAGAAGAUGGUGGCCAUUGACUGUGAGAUGGUGGGCACGGGACCCAAGGGGCACGUCAGCUCCCUGGCCCGAUGUAGCAUCGUCAGCUACCACGGAGACGUGCUCUAUGAUGAGUACGUCCUUCCCCCCUGCCACAUCGUGGACUACCGGACCAGGUGGAGUGGCAUCCGGAAGCAGCACAUGGUGAAUGCUACCCCCUUCAAGGUCGCCCGGGGCCAGAUUCUGAAGAUCCUCACGGGCAAGAUCGUGGUGGGACACGCCAUCCACAACGACUUCAAAGCCCUCCAGUACUUCCACCCCAAGUCCCUCACCCGUGACACCUCCCACAUCCCGCCCCUCAACCGGAAGGCCGACUGCCCGGAGAAUGCCACCAUGUCCCUGAAGACUCUCACCAAGAAGCUUCUGAACCGGGACAUCCAGGUUGGGAAGAGCGGACAUUCGUCCGUGGAAGACGCACAGGCCGCCAUGGAGCUGUACAAGUUGGUCGAAGUCGAGUGGGAGCAGCACCUGGCCCAGAGCCCCCCGAAAGACUAGCGGCAGCGGGGGCGCUGCCCCCAGAGAACCGGGGCUCCGCCUGCUGGCGAGCUCAGCUGUGAGGGGGACACACGCCCACCCCGGGCUUAAUACUUAUGAGAUCUCACGUCAGGCGUUGUGUCGUGUGUCUGGUUAAGGCCUCCAAGGAAGCAGGACAGCCCCACAGCCCCGCGCCUCUCCCCUCUUCCAUGGUGCUAAGCCCGGGUCCCAGGGUGCCGGCCUCCAGCGGGCCUUCGACCUCCACGGGCAGGGCCCCUGCACAGUGUCGCUGCCCCUGCUGCCUUAUCACCGGGGAGGCUGCGGGUCCCAUUUCACGCCUUCUGUUCUCAAGUAACGAGCAGCACCCCUCUCCCUCUCAAGUACCCUGGCGGGUGGCAGUGUAUCCCAGACCGCACUGAGCUGAGAGUCCCCGCCUGUUACCCCUCCUCACCCUGACCUCGGGAGGGCCCGGCCCGGGCAGGUCCAGUUCUUCGGGCUCCAAGGCAGUAGAGGUCAGAGCGUGGCUGGGGAAUCAACUUUUCUGACUGAGGAAAGCAGUCCCUUUCCUAAGGUCUUGGAGGGUUUGUUUAAUGUAGAUCCCCCUUGGUAGGUUAAAAAAGAAUUUUAAGUGUUUUCGUGGUUUUUAGUCUUUUAUCUCUAAAGACUCAAAUUAUUCCGAUAAACUUUUAUAAC